AUGCUUACGCUUUUCAUCUUCUUGCUCAACCUUUACGGUUCAUGCAUUGGAUUCCGGAACGCCCCAGACUCACAAUUUUGCAAAAACCAUGGUGAUUUCAUGGACGAUACGACACGAUACAAAAUCCUGGAAUUCCACAAUGGUUUCAGAAGUAUGAUUGCCGAGGGAACGUCACCUGGUUAUCAAGGAAGAUAUCUACCACCUGCAAGAAAUUUGUACAAGAUGAGGUGGAAUUGUGAUCUUGAAGAAAAGGCAUAUAAGUUAACUAGGAACUGUUCUCAUUCCAUCAAUGAGAAGUUGAACCUGGGACAGAACGCGUACUAUGCCUAUGAUGGAGACUACGUUUACGAAGCGGGAAAACAUAAAGUCAUCAAGGAUGCAAUGUAUCAAUGGACUAUGCCAGCUGAAUAUUAUGACGUGAAGCGAGCCUUCAAAGAUGAUCGUGUGUACACGUUCGCAAAUAUGGCAUACCAGGAUAUCUACGAAGUUGGCUGCAAUUAUGAACAGUGUGUUGACGAGAAUAAUUUUGUCGUUGAGGCAGCGAUAGUUUGUAUCUACAACAAAAAUGUCCCUAAAGGCGCCAUGCUCUACCAGAAAGGAGAUGGAACCGGCUGUGAGAAAACUCCCAAAGUGUGUAAAGUGAAGGGAUCCACAUGCGGAGGUCUGCUCUGCGAAUUACCUCCUCGAAAUCCUCCUUCACUCCUAUGA